GCCCACGUGUUUCUCAUGUCGUGUAACCUGUUUCUAUCGUUCUUGUUGUCGACAACAUUUUUGCAAAUAAUUAAGUUUAACUUUCCAGUAUAAUCGUACAAGAUGUUGACUGAAAAUGUGGCAGUUUUCUGUGAACGAGAUCAGAGAUAUAAACAGAGAUUCUCGCUUCUUGGAGAAUUUAGUGAACUUAAAUCUGACACAAUUUUAGAAGUAUUAUUAAGUGAAUUUUUUAUGCAACCUGAAUGCACGAAAGAUGUUGCCGAGUGUUUUCCACAAUUAUUACCAGCCCUUGUUUCUGUAGCAAUUUCUACAGAUGAGAUGCAGUCAUCAACAUUAAUAGACAAGGAUGUAAUUCAUAGAUUGAACUGCGUUAUAUUAGGAAAGCUGCUUGACGUUAAUCAAGAUUUACUAGUAUUUGUUUUACAUUAUUUUGAUAUUAAUCCAGCUCCGUUCGAACUUGUUGACAACUUUAUUGAUACAAUUACACCUUUAAAGAGACAGAACAGAAGAAAAUUUUUGUGCAUCUCGGAAGUAUCUGAAUAUGACAUUGUUGUAGCAUGUUAUAAUAUCUUGCAGUCUGCUAUUAGCCAUUUUAAACAUAAAUGGAAUUGGUCUAGAUUUUACAAGUAUUUAACAAAUGCAGAUGACAGGGUAAAAUGGAUUGCCUUAAAAUGUAUAGCAAUAGUUUUGAACAUGUCUGAAUCAACAAGAUUGUUAUGUGCACAAACAUUCAUUCCAAAUUUUGGAAGAUUUUUAAUUGGUCAUGAAGACAAGAGCAUUGAUACUAGUAUCAUGUGCACUAGCUUUAAUUCAAUGGAAGACACAAUUGAAAAUAUCUCAUCUAUUGUAUCUGUUGGCGGCAUUUUGUUGCCCACUCUUGGCAGGAAUCAGAGUAGCACCUAUAAUUUGGUUCCAGUUUCUUCCACGAAGAAAAAUUUGCAAAGUCUGGCCAUAGCUGUUGGUUCCAGAAAAUGUAUCUGCUUGCAAGGACCAGUUGGUUGCGGUAAGACAGCUCUCGUAGAGUAUUUAGCCAGAAUCACUGGACACGACACGUCGAACUUCAUUAAACUGCAACUGGGCGAUCAGACCGACUCGAAGAUGCUGCUGGGGAUGUACAGGUGUACCGACGUGCCCGGUGAAUUUGUUUGGCAACCGGGUGUUCUCACACAAGCGGUUGUCGCCGGCAAGUGGCUGCUCUUGGAGGAUGUGGAUAGCGCUGCCCUCGAUGUAGCCAGUGUCUUGAGCAAUCUGAUGGAAACUGGAACACUCAGUGUACCUGGCUAUCGCGAUACCAUUUAUGCCAACAGUGAAUUCCAGUUGUUUGUUACUCAGCGAUUAAUGAUGUCCAUUACGGGCAUUCAAAAACAUAUCACAGGAUCCUCGAGUUUGUUGCAAAAACAUUGGCUUUGCCUAAACGUGGAGCCACUGUCCAAAGGCGAAUUAGUGACUGUAGUCCGAACACUGUUUCCAGUAUUGAACACUAUUGCUACUAGAAUAGUAGAUGUGUUCUUGUUGUUUUCUGUAGGAGAUCACGAUAGUGAGAGUAAUACAAGUGAUGCUAUACUAUCGCUGAAGAUUGGACGACAGACAUCGACGCGAGAUUUAAUAAAAUGGUGCUCCAGAGCUAUCAUCGAUUUCGACGUUUCGUCGUCAGACUCUGCAUUGAAAAUAUUCCAGGAUGCUCUAGAUGUUUUUUGCAGUUCGGUGCCUAAUCAAGAGCAACGAUUAAAUUUGGCGAUGGCGGUAGCUCAUAAACUUGGCAUUAUAAAGACGAAGGCGGAGUAUUUUUGCAAUAUGCACAAACCGUCCAUAUCCCUACUUCCUGAACUUUUGAUAGCGGGCAGAGCGAAGCUGGCUCGUAAGAAGGCACAAUACGCGAGAAUAGAUAUAGAAAAGAUUAAUUUCUCCUUUACAAGACCCUCUGCGUGUUUGCUAGAACGCAUAGCUAGCUGUGUCAUGCAGAAAGAGCCCGUACUGCUGGUCGGCGAGACUGGCACCGGAAAAACGAGUUCGAUACAGUACUUAGCAAGAAGCACUGGUCAUAAAUUGACAAUCAUAAAUAUGAAUCAGCAGAGCGAGAGCGCGGACUUAUUAGGUGGCUACAAGCCGGUCGAUCUGAAGUUUCUGAUUUCACCCAUCCAGGAGGAGUUCGAGAUUCUGUUUCGCUCUUACUUUGUGAUCGAGUCAAAUAGAAAGUUUCUUGAACACAUUGCUCUGUGUCACAAGCAACAAAAGUGGAAGAAUCUUGUCGCUUUGAUGAGCCACAGUGCGCGCGCUGCUGUGAAAAGAUUGCGAAAUAAGUGCGAGAACUAUCUCGAAGAUAAUGCAUUCAAAAAUGACACUUUGAAACAUCUCAAACGAAACAAAAAUUCUCGAGAGAGAUGCGAUCAGGACGAUGUUCAGACUGAAGUAGAUAUGCUGAGGCAGUGGGAAAAGAUGUUAGAGAAACUGGACAAACUGGGAACUCAAGUGAAGAGCCAAUAUGCACUAGCAUUCUCCUUUAUAGAGGGGAGUUUGGUCAGGGCUUUGCGAGAUGGUUACUGGGUUCUUUUGGACGAGAUUAAUCUGGCGAACGCAGAGACACUGGAGUGUCUUUCCGGUUUGUUGGAAGGCUCCUCGGAGUCGUUGCCGUUAUUGGAGCGCGGUGACGGAGAACCUGUGAAAAGACAUCCCGACUUCACAGUGUUUGCCUGCAUGAAUCCGGCCACAGAUAUCGGUAAGAGAGACCUACCGGUCGGUUUAAGAAACAGAUUCACCGAGUUCUACAUUGAUGAGUUGACCGAGCGAUCGGAUCUUUUAUUGCUAGUGAGCUCCUAUUUGGCGGAACUAAAUCUACCGCUAGAGAAGCAUGACGCGAUCGUCAGGUUUUAUCUAAACGUGAGAAAGGAAGCUAUGAGCACACUGUUCGAUGGCACGGCGCAUAAACCGCAUUACAGUCUGAGAACGUUGUGUCGUGCGUUGUACAUUUCCGCAUUGAAUCCUUGUGGCAAUAUCCUGAGAUCUCUAUAUGAAGCCUUCUCUUUGAGUUUCCUGACGCAGCUGGACUACAACUCGUAUCCGAUUGUACAGAGAAUGAUUGUGAAAGCUGUCCUCGAUAACAAAAGCGUCAAAGCAAUUCUUGGCACUCCUAUACCGAAACCGAGAUGCAGUCCGGGAGAAGAAUACUUAUACAUUGAAGGAUAUUGGAUCCUACAAGGAAGCUUAACGCCCGAAACACCUAGCAACUAUAUAUUAACUGAUUCCGUUAGAAGAAAUUUGAAAGACCUAGUAAGAGUCGUGUCGAUCGGGAAAAUCCCUGUUUUGCUGCAAGGUGACACAUCAGUAGGCAAAACCAGUUUGAUUACCUAUUUGGCGAAGACCACUGGACACGUUUGCGUCCGUAUAAACAAUCACGAGCACACAGAUCUACAGGAAUACGUCGGAAGUUACAUCGCGGAUGAGACUGGAAAGCUGGUGUUCAAGGAAGGAGUCCUAGUUGAUGCGAUGCGCAAAGGAUACUGGAUUAUUUUGGACGAGUUAAAUUUAGCCCCGAGUGACGUUUUGGAAGCUCUGAAUCGAGUCCUCGACGACAAUAGGGAAUUAUUCAUACCUGAGACGCAACAGGUGGUAAAAGCGCACGAACACUUUAUGCUGUUCGCGACGCAAAAUCCUCCUGGACUCUAUGGCGGCCGAAAAGUUUUGUCACGGGCGUUCAGGAACCGAUUUGUAGAAUUGCACUUUGACGAGAUACCGCCGAACGAAUUGCAGAUAAUACUUAAUGAGAGAUGCAGUAUGCCGGUGUCGUACUGCAAACAAGUAAUCAACGUAAUGACAGAUCUGCAGAUAAGACGUAAGAGUACGGCGGCUUUUGCUGGUAAAAAGGGAUUUAUAACUCUGCGAGAUCUUUUUCGUUGGGGCGAGAGGUAUAGAUUAGCGCCUGAUGUAGGCAACAAACUGUAUGAUUGGAGUCAACAUCUGGCGGACGAGGGCUACCUUGUUCUCGCGGCUAAAGUCCGCAAAGCAGAAGAAGCGGAUGAAAUAAGACAGGUAAUAAAAAAACAUUUAAAAAGAGACGUGGAUCCCGAUAGCUUGUUCACGCUGAACGACAAGACCUCGCCAGUAACGAGGCAUAUAUUGGAGGAGCUUCUGAAGAACAAUAUCUCCGGCUUCGGACAUAUCGUAUGGACCUAUCAUAUGCGUCGAAUGGCAGUUCUGGUGAAGAAAUCCUGUCAGUUUAAGGAACCGGUAUUGCUGAUCGGAGAAACUGGCGGUGGUAAAACCACAGUCUGCCAGUUGAUCGCAGCUAUCAACGGCCAAGCUAUGCGUGGUGUGAAUUGCCAUAUGCACACCGAGUCGUCCGAUUUUCUGGGAAAUCUACGACCUGUUCGAGAGCAUACCGAGGACGAUCAGAAGCUCUUCGAAUGGGUGGAUGGUCCUUUAAUAAACGCUAUGCGCAACGGCGAUUUGUUCUUGGCUGACGAAAUUUCAUUAGCCGACGAUAGCGUUCUGGAGCGAUUAAAUUCACUCUUAGAACCGGAGCGCAGUCUUCUAUUGGCUGAGAGAGGAAUAGAGUCUUCGCACGAUGAAGAAAAUACCGUCAUCGUGGCGGACGAGAAAUUUGUGUUCGUUGGCACGAUGAAUCCCGGCGGUGAUUACGGCAAGAAGGAGCUCUCGCCGGCCUUGCGAAAUCGCUUCACUGAAGUGUGGUGCGAGGGAUGUAUGGUCAUGAGCGAUCUGCGUGAUAUAAUAAUGCAUAAUCUCCACGUCGAUUUGCAAACAACAAAGGAGUCCGUCGCCACCGCGAUAUUGAGAUUCACCGAAUGGUUACAAACUACCGAAGUGGGCAAGAAGCUCAUUGUGAGCAUACGAGAUGUACUCACUUGGAUCGAUUUUAUAAAUAUAUUCUCUCGCGGCACUCUACUGACGAAACUGCCGAUCGAGAAGGCGUAUUAUCAUGGUGCUUGUCUCACAUAUAUCGAUAGUCUUGGAUCUGGUUCCACGGGUUCGGAGAGUGUCAGCAAAUUGAAAAAUUUUACAGAAGCUGCUCUCCGAUUUAUUAAAUCGGAAAUUGAAAAUACAAUAAAAUCUGUACUUGACAUGGAAGCUUCUAUGGUAAAUGAAGACAUUGUAGAUACGCCAGACGUAUUCGGAGUGUCACCAUUUUAUAUUGAAAGAGGACCAUGUACCUUUUGCGAGGAUCUUGCAUUUACGUUUACAACUCCCACUACGAAAUUGAAUACAUUAAAGUUGCUAAGAGCAUUACAGUUAAACAAACCGAUUCUUCUGGAAGGAAGUCCAGGCGUAGGAAAAACCAGUCUGGUUUCUGCACUCGCAAAAGCCGCAGGGCAUACUUUGCUCAGAAUCAACUUAAGCGACCAAACGGAUGUAUCCGAUUUGUUCGGUGCCGAUCUUCCCGUGGAAGGUGGGAAAGGCGGUGAAUUUGCAUGGAGGGAUGGUCCAUUUCUUCGGGCUUUGCGUGCCGGAUAUUGGAUUCUGCUCGACGAGCUGAAUCUAGCAUCGCAAUCAGUCCUGGAAGGCCUUAACGCGUGCUUCGAUCACAGGGGAGAGAUAUACAUUCCCGAAUUAGGAAAAACAUUUUCAGUCAAACCUGGCACAAGGUUGUUCGGCUGUCAAAAUCCCUUGCGGCAAGGUGGAGCCAGACGAGGCUUACCAAAGUCCUUUUUAAAUAGAUUUACUCAGGUUUCUGUGGAUGCAUUAAUGGAAGACGAUUUGAGGUUUAUACUCAGAGUGCAGUUUCCACAACUUCCUGUGGAAUUGAUCAAUGAUAUGGUGAAAUUUAAUAGCAAACUAGCGUCAGAAGCUGGCAUCGUAUGGGGACAUGCUGGAUCUCCGUGGGAAAUGAAUCUACGAGAUAUCACCCGAUGGUGCGAGACGACCAUCGAAGCCGCUUCCAAUGAAUUUCGCGGCAAUAAACAAUACUUUAAUCCAGGUGACAGCGUGGAACUCAUUUAUGUUAACAGAAUGAGAACUAAUGAAGAUCGACAAAAGGUCUAUCAGAUAUAUCAGGAAAUGUUCUCGCUCGAGAAAUAUCCUCUUCCACCCAAUCAACUGCCCAUGUACAUCACGGCAGACGAACUUUUCAUCGGUGACGUGACGUUAAGCCGAAAAAAUUGCAGCGAGCCCCAGGACAUCAAUUUGUUAGUGCUCAGAGAGCAGAAAAAGGCGUUGAAGAGUCUCAUGCAAUGCGUUAAGAUGAAUUGGAUGUCCAUACUUAUUGGUGCUUCGGGCAGCGGAAAAAGCAGUGUAGUUCGUUUACUUGCCUCUUUGACAGGCCAUAAGCUGAGGUCGAUUGCCGUGAAUUCUGCGAUGGACACAACGGAGAUAUUAGGUGGCUUCGAACAGGUGAGUGGCAACGUGAGACAGAUAAAUAUCUAACGUUAACGUUGUGUUGAAUCGGAGAACUGUCUACCUUCGAAUAUCCGAAGAAGCCUUUGACUCAUUCUCUGUAUGCUCUCUCACGGAUCACAGAUUUUCUCGAAGAAACUAAACGAUUCUGUAGCAAAUAUAUCGCCAUUUAUUUUGCUAUAUUUGAAGUACGCAAUAUUUUAUUUAUUUAUUAAAGGGAAAGAAAUAUAAUUUAUAUAUUACACAUACUUUUAUUUUAAACUAGACACCACAGUCGCGCUUCGCGUGCUAUUAUUUACUUUUUAAUUUUUAAAAAUAAAUAACCACAAUAUAUUCAAUACGCAUAAUUGCAAUAUAAUACUGUUAAAAUUCUCAACUAAAUGAUUCUGUAGCAAAUAUAUCGCCAUUUAUUUCGUUAUAUUUGAAGUACGCAAUAUUUUAUUAAUUUAUUAAAGGGAAGGAAAUAUAAUU